GGACCUGCCAUUGUUGGUUUGGGCACAGCUGGGCACUGCCCUGGCAGCCCCGCCAGCCACGAUGAAGCCAGAGCAUCUGAGCUGGGCAGGCCCCUGCGCCCACAGGGAGGCAGCUGCACAUGGCCCUGGGCUUCGCUCAAGGUUAGAGAAGUCAAGCGACCUUAGCUCUAACCCGGCCCUGCUGGGAAGGAGCCCCAUUGCCAUCAGGGUGCUUAACAAGCAAGUGCUUGACGUCCUAUUGACUGAUUUCUGGGCAUGAACCAGAACCAAAGCCCCAGGGGGAAUUGGAAUCUUGGUUCUUCCAAUCCAGGAACCCUGAAAUGGAGAGCCCUGCGCGGUUCCUGGCACACAGUGGGCAUUCAGGCAGUGACGGCGUACGGGGGCAGUGUGACCAGUGGAAACCCCAAAGAGCAAAGCAGUGCUGCUUAAAAACACUCCCCUAGCCCCUCUCCUGAACUCCCCCCACCUUCAGAGAACCACCCAGAAGCUUCUCCGGGAGGCGCUCACCUGCCUGCACAUCCCAGGCGCUCAGUGGACAGCUGCCUCCUGUCAUCAGCAUAAUGCAUCCAUAUCUACAAUAUGGCAAAUUUCAUAUCCUCCCUCCCUGUUUCCUGCAUUAUUGAUGGGCCGUGUGCUUUUAAAAAAAUCAAUAGAUCAGGGUGUGGAGCUGGAGUUAGAAAAGAAGCCUUUAAAAGUCUGUUCUUGUUGUGUGAGCUGUUUUGAAUAGGGAGAGAGAGCGCUUUCCCUCUGGUUUGAAUAAGUGAAGCUAGGCUGGCGGUGAUUGGCCAGGACUAGGAAAAUGCGGUUAAGAUGCAAACACAAGCAAAUAUAACCCGGUGCCUGCGCAGCCAUUACUCCGCUCAGGCAGCAGGACCCGGAGCCUCUCGCCCAGAGCCAGCCCUUCCGCACCUGCUACUCCCUCAUCCGACAACUGGGACGCCGUGAGAGAGGCCGAGUCCCGGGGAGACGAGCGCCAUGUCUCUGAGCAGCGCCUUCAGGGCCGUGGGCAACGACCCUGGGAUCAUCACCUGGAGGAUAGAGAAAAUGGAGCUGGCCCUGGUGCCCCUGAGCGCUCACGGCACCUUCUACGAGGGGGACUGCUACAUCGUCCUCUCGACCCGGAAAGCCGGCAACAUCCUCUCCCAGGACAUCCACUUCUGGCUGGGGAAGGACUCCUCCCAGGACGAGCAGAGCUGCGCCGCCAUCUACACCACGCAGCUGGACGACUACCUGGGCGGCAGCCCCGUGCAGCACCGGGAGGUCCAGCACCAUGAGUCCGACACCUUCCGUGGCUACUUCAAGCAGGGCAUCAUCUACAGGAAGGGGGGCGUGGCCUCGGGGAUGAAGCACGUGGAGACCAACGCCUCCAACGUGAAGCGGCUGCUGCACGUGAAAGGCAAGAGGCACAUCCGGGCCACCGAGGUGGACAUGAGCUGGGACAGCUUUAACCGCGGAGACGUCUUCCUGCUGGACCUGGGGAAAGUCAUCCUCCAGUGGAAUGGCCCAGAGAGCAACAGUGGGGAGCGCCUGAAGGCUAUGCUCCUGGCCAAGGAUAUUCGGGACAGGGAGCGAGGGGGACGUGCGGAGAUAGGGGUGAUCGAGGGCGACAAGGAGGCAGCCAGCCCCGAGCUGAUGAAGGUCCUCCAGGACAGCCUGGGCCGCCGCGCCAUCAUCAAGCCAGCCGUGCCUGACGAGAGCGUGGAUCAGCAACAGAAAUGCAGCAUCACACUGUACCAUGUCUCAGAUGCAGCCGGGCAGCUGGCAGUCACCGAGGUGGCAGCGCGGCCUCUGGUCCAGGACUUGCUGAACCACGAUGACUGCUACAUCCUGGACCAGAGCGGAACCAAGAUCUACGUGUGGAAAGGAAGAGGAGCCACAAAGGUUGAGAAACAGGCGGCCAUGUCCAAAGCCCUGGCCUUCCUCAAGCUGAAGGGCUACCCCAGCAGCACCAACGUGGAGACGGUCGCCGACGGGGCCGAGUCGGCCAUGUUCAAGCAGCUGUUCCAGACGUGGACGGUGAAGGAGCAGGCCACGGGCCUGGGGAAGACCUUCAGCAUCGGCAAAAUCGCUACGUUUUUCCAGGAUAAGUUUGACGUGACUUUGCUACACGCAAAGCCAGGGGUCGCGGCCCAGGAGAGAAUGGUUGACGACGGCAGUGGAAAAGUUGAGGUCUGGAGAAUCGAGAACCUGGAGCUGGUGCCAGUGGAGCGCUCGCAGUAUGGCUUCUUCUACGGGGGAGACUGCUACCUGGUGCUCUACACGUACGAGGUCAGCAGAAAGCCACAUUACAUCCUGUACAUCUGGCAGGGCCGCCACGCCUCUCAGGACGAGCUGGCCGCCUCUGCAUACCAGGCAGUGGAGGUGGACCGGCAGUUCGACGGGGCUCCCGUGCAGGUCCGGGUCAGCAUGGGGAAAGAGCCGCGGCACUUCAUGGCCAUCUUCAAAGGGAAGCUGGUUAUCUUUGAGGGUGGGACCUCCAGGAAGGGCAGCGCCGAGCCCGCCCCUCCGGUGAGACUCUUCCACAUUCGAGGGAACAACAAAUCCAACACCAAAGCUGUGGAAGUCCCGGCCUUCGCCUCCUCCCUAAACUCCAACGACGUGUUUCUGCUGCGGUCUCAGGCGCAGCACUACCUGUGGUGCGGCAAGGGAUCCAGCGGGGACGAGCGGGCAAUGGCUAAGGAGCUGGCCGGGCUCCUCUGUGACGGCGCUGAGGACACUGUGGCCGAGGGCCGGGAGCCGGCCGAGUUCUGGGACCUCCUGGGAGGGAAGACUCCCUACGCCAACGACAAAAGACUGCAGCAGGAGGCGCUCGACGUGCAGCCCCGUCUCUUCGAGUGUUCCAACAAGACCGGCCGGUUCGUCGUCACUGAGGUCACAGACUUCACCCAGGAUGACCUGGACCCGACUGAUGUGAUGCUCCUGGACACCUGGGACCAGGUGUUCCUGUGGAUUGGGGCUGAGGCCAACGCCACGGAGAAGGAGCGGGCCCUCGUCACAGCCCAGGAGUACCUGCGCACUCACCCCAGUGGCCGGGACGCCAACACGCCCAUCCUGGUCAUCAAACAGGGGUUUGAGCCUCCCACCUUCACCGGCUGGUUCCUGGCCUGGGACCCUCACGUCUGGAGUGCAGGAAAAUCUUACGAACAACUGAAAGACGAGCUGGGAGACGCCGCCGCGAUCCUGAGAAUCACCGCUGACAUGAAGAAUGCGACCCUCUCCCUGAGUUCUGAGGACACUGAGCCAAAAUACUACCCGAUAGAAGUUUUGUUGAAGAAGCAGGAUCAGGAGCUGCCUGAGGACGUGAACCCUGCCAAAAAGGAGAAUUACCUCUCCGACCAGGACUUCGUGUCUGUGUUCGGCAUCCCAAGGGGGCAAUUUGCUGCUCUGCCUGGCUGGAAACAGCUGCAACUGAAGAAGGAAAAGGGGCUUUUCUAAGGCAGGAAGGCCGAUGCCAACUGCCAAGCCCACAGGAGAUGGCGCACAGGGCCGGGAUCAGCCAAGCACUUCUCUACCAACCCCUGCCUAGCACUCAGCUACCUAACUUAGGUACAGUAGCACCCGCCAGUGCCAGCAUGGCUUCUGCCCUUCCCCAUCCGUGCACUCCCUGGUGGUUGUACACCGAACGUGUGAAGCACCCACUUUUUGGGUUUUGUGGCCUUUGAGCAACGGUCAGCAGAAAGCACUAAUGCCGCGUGAAUCCGGAGAAGCCAAAAGGAAGGGAACCCAAAAAAAGCUAAACUUGAAAUGGUUAGUGUGGUGCCAGGACCUAGAUUUAAGUUCAGAAUUACUGAAACCUAUUUAACUUAGAGUUAAUAGAGCAUAUUUGCAUAUACUCUCCAAGGUCAAGAUCUAAAUGUCAGAUCUGCUAUGUGCCAGAGUGUUUUUAACUUUUCCAAUAAAGGUAAUUGUAUGAGCAAA